CGCCACACACGUCUCAACAACAGCUGAUCGCAACGAUAGCGUUAUGUGAAUCGGAGGACGUUGUUUCUAUCUUGAUGACUUUUUAAGCGUCGUAUGGUCGUCUCUUCCACUCAUGAUACAAGGAUACACGAUAACUUAACAGAUCACCAUGGCCACUUUGCAAUGUGGGGGUUUAAAGAGAAAAUAUCAGUUCUCAGACGAGGAUGCCAUUUACUCUUCCUCCUCCCCCUCAUCUCACUCUGAGUGGGACUCUGAAGAAGACAGUGCCCAAAGUGAUACUGUGUACUUUAGCCCCAUUGGUCCUUUCCCUUCCAGGCUUCACAUGCCAAUUUCAUCCAUCCUGAAGAAGACGAGAUAUACUCAGUCUAAAGGCAGUGUUCACUUUGGCCUGGUUACAGUGUUCUUCUUCCAGCGGUGUCAAGGCUGCUGCAGUGUGCCCAGUCAUGGUGGCUGCACACUGGGCAUGGUUAAACGGCAUGCUGCCUGCCAGCAGUUCACCCUGAGAGAGCAUGCGGAGGAGCAGCAGCACUUGCAAUUGAAGAGACUCCGUGAGCGACACCAAGAGGAAAGGCUGGAGGCUUUGAGACAGAGGAUGAUCAGCAGUGGCACUCUCACAAUGGCAGAAGCAGCCAACUUGACAUUGAAAGAUGUCCCAGAUGAGGAUGUUGACCUCAGCAGUGCCAAGCUGAAGGAUGGAGGAUUACUCCGUCCCUACUCAUCGAAACGGAGACGUGCAUUGCUGAAAGCUGCGGGUGUGGUGAGAAUCGACCGAGAGGAGAAGAGGCAGCUGCAGGAGCUACGACGUUGGCGGGAAGACUGUGGCUGCCACUGCCAGGGUUUCUGUUAUCCAGAGACCUGUGACUGCAGUCAGGCAGGCAUCAAGUGCCAGAUGGACCGCACCAAUUUUCCCUGCGGAUGUUCAAAGGAAGUCUGCGGGAACCCAGCGGGCCGCAUCGAGUUCAACUCCAGUCGUGUACAGAGCCACUAUAUACACACACACAUGAAGUUAGAGCUGGAAAAGAGGCUGCUGGAGGCAGCCUCUGAGCAGCAAUCUGCAGAGGAGAAUAAAGCUAUAACAUUUACAAUAAAAAACAACAGUCCAGCUUUUCAACUGAGCUCAGAUCUCUGCAGGGAGGCAGAAAAGAGCUCUAGCAGUGACAUGACUGACACCUCUUGCUCCUCAGCUCUGAGUCAGGACUUUGAUAUGGAUGGAAGCCCUCAUGAAUUGGGCCUAUCCACAAAGGAUAAUACACAGUCUGAAAGCAACACCAGUACAUCUCAGUUGAAAUAUCUGGAUGAAAAUGCUAAUCAGGCCGCAUUGGAGUUUGUAAAUGACUCCUUUGAUAUCCCCAAUACACCUUCUCCAUCCGCUGAUAAUACAGCUGACUGUUACAUGGACCUUAGUCUGUCCUCAGACUCUGACCUGGUCUUCUUUGACAGUUUCCAUGAGUACGACCAUUUUAAGGGGAAAAGUCAUAUGGACUACAUGUCACAUAUCCAGUUUCCCAGCUGUCCCAGCCAUGCCCAAAUAGAGGACUCUGGUGUUGGUCUUCUGGAAUCUCUAAUAGGAAUUUCUUAAUUUGUAUCAGAGCAGAACAGUAUUUUUACUGAAGUUUUAAAUGAGCCUUGUUUAUUUGCAAUUUAAACAGUAUGAAAUUUUAUUUGAGAAAUAGUGUAAAUAGUUUCUGAAUUUAAGGAGAUUCAUUAACAAUGUAUUUAGAUAUUAAUAUAGACUGUAACAAUAAUUGGUCUCUGUGUAAAUGCAGUUCAAAAACCACUCAUUGAAAAUUAGUGUGAAGUCAUAUGCCAAUUUCAAGUGCACACUGUGUUGCUAAAGCUCACAGAGUUUAUUUCAGGUCCAAUUUUAUAUUUAUACUUUAUAAGCUAAAGGUGUUCAGGCGCUGAAAUCUUUUCCCUCUUUUUUCAGAAAACUACACAGUCUUCUUCAUUACAUUAUCAGGAAUUAUUAUACAUUUUUAAGUGAAAAUGUACCUUUUUAUAAGGUUACAUGUAAGUAAAUAUUCAUAUUUAUUUGUUAAAUGUGUUAUGCUUCAAAUGAUCGUGCAAAUCAGUUUUGUAUUUGUGUAGCAUGUUAAAUUGCUAAGAAGCAUAAUGGCUCUCCCAUAGUGUUUCUUUUUUCAUUUAAAAGUUUUAUUUGUAAUAAAUAUAUAUAUAUAUAUAACAAAAACCAGGCUACAUUUGCUUUGAUAAUAUUUCACUCUGUCUGGUAGGCCACUAAUUCAUGUUUUUGGACUUUUUAAAAUGUGUGCAAUUACUUUUUUCUUUGUGGAAUAACUUCAAUAAAUUUUAUUUCACAAAACCAAUGAGAAAUACUUAUUUGAAGAAGAAGAAAAAAAGACUCUGGAAGAACUAUUGUAAUUCAAAGAAUACACAGCAAAAUCUCGAAGAUGGAUAAUAAAAUCUUGUGGAGGAUAAAAUCGAUUUUUAUUAAGGCAUUAUUGAACUCUUAAACUUAUCCAGUUCUCAACCUAUUGAUUUAGGUACUCAUUAUUUCGAUUUAUUUUUAAAUGUUUUUAAAAACAAAUUUGGGAUCAUUUCAUACUCAUGCUGGUUUCAUACUCAUAUUACAAUGAACAGUACAAGAUUGCUUUCUAAUUGUUCUCAACCUGAAAAUAAUUUAAAGGUAUCAACAACCUGCUUUAUUCCAAAUACAAGGACAAGAACCUGAACAUUUUUGGUAACACUUUACAAUAAUUUUCCAUUUGUUAACAUUAUAUAAUGUAUUCGGAAUCAUGAAGUACCAUUGAACUAUAUAUUUUAUAAAGCAUUUAUAACGCUAGUCA